AUGCAUGAUGAUACAAAGAAAACAGCUGAAUUAUUACAACAAGUUAACGAUUAUGUUCCUAUCUGUUCAAAUCUUGAUACAUGUUUGGAAUAUAUUAAUCAAAUUAAAACAGAAAAAGUUUUUCUUAUCUUAUCAGGUCAAAGUGCAGAUGAAAUGAUCGACAGAGUUCAUGAUUAUAAACAAGUAGAUUCGAUUUAUAUCUUUUGUAUAAACAACAUCAAAUAUGAGCAUUAUUUAAAAGAAGAUCAUGAGAAAUACUAUAAAUUAGUUGGAAUAUAUACUGAACAUGAACCAUUGUUGAGAGCUAUACAAGAGAAUAUUCGUUAUUUAAUUAAACAAUCACAAGUUACAAUUAAUAAAGCUCUAAGAACUGAAGAUUAUGAAGCAUUAUUAAUUCUUCGAUUCUUUGUUAUUGAUCUAUGCGAAAAUCUUCGAUUGAAAUAUGACGAUCUAAAACAACGUCAAGAACAAUUAGGUUCAUCAACAGUUGUAUCUUAUCGUGGUUCGAAACUAUCAUCACCUGAAAUUUACAAUCUUAAAUAUAAUAUUGGUAAAAGUAUUGCUACAAAUGGAUUUCUUUCGACGAGUAGAUCGAAAGACGUAGCCAACAUAUUUGCUAAGAAAGGAACAAAACGUUUAGGUGUAAAAACUGUCAUCAUUGAAAUUCAUGUUGACACAACAAAAUUAACCACA